UCAGCGUUGUGCAAAAUAGACUACGCUGUGGCCAAGUUCUGACAAAUACACAUCGCUGCAUAUUUGCACACAAUUCACACAAAUUGCUAUUUCUUUUAAAUAGAGACAAAUAAAGUUGUGAUUGUUGGAUUUGCUUGCGGUACUAUGUCUUGAAUAUUAUUCUAAAUCGGCAAAAUAAUUUAGGUGGACAGGGCAGUCAGUGUAAGAUCCGGUUUAAGAGUAACUAAACAACAUAUGCCAUCAAGUGGUGAAUGGUGAUAUUACAACUUAAGACUACAAUCAACCCUGCAUAUUCGUAAUUCGGUUUCCACGGAUUCGCAAAUUCAGAUUGUUUUCCCACAUUUUCCCCCAGCAAUUUUAAAAUAUUUUCUGUUUUUCCGGGUCUUGCCCAAUUUAGCAUGUUUUUCACAGUUUAUUUGCGUUUUUGCAAGAACUCUUGAUUAAAAUUCAAAUCCUUUUUUGGGUUUGUUUCAUUUUUGGGGGUGGUGGAAUUAAUCACGUGGGUCACUCAGAGUGGAGUCACGGACUGCUGCCUUCGAUUGCUCAUUCUUUGUAUAAACAAUAUGGCAUCAAUUGUAGUACAUGAUUUCGUGGGAAAGGCUUUUUGGUCGAUCGUGCUGGAGUGUUUUGAUGAGUGUAAGCGUAGGCAGGAAAUGACUUCCCAGAUGAUCUCGGCAAAGGAAUGAGCACUUGUUGCCUCGUGUGCUCUUCCUGUGACAUUUACUUUUGUUUGACAUUGCACAGACACGUGUGUCUGGAUUUGGUCAAACCUUUGCAGCCAUCAGAGCGGGGGUUUGAUCCGGCCUGUUGUACUUUUCUGAAGGAAAAUUCUUUUAGAUUGAGACAAAAAAUGAUUUCAAGAAAAAAAAGCUCCAUUUGAAGUUUUGAGGAAAGAUAUCUACAUAAUAAAAAGUUGUUUUAUUAUAAGUUUAAAUAACGAUAAAAAAGUAACAAAAUAAGAAUCCAUAAAAUUCCCUUUGAUGAUGAUCAAUGGCAUAUAAAAUCUUUAAUGAGAAAAUUGUGUAGUUUUGAGGAGAUAAUUACAAGAAAGAAAUUCAUGUGAGGGCAAAAUAUAAGGACAAAUAACUGGCAAGUAAUUUUGUGAGGAGGAAAAUAUAUAAUUAAAGAUUAUUCUUUUAUUACAUAAAAUGCAAUGAGAAUAAAGUCAUAUUUUAUUCUUAAAAAUAUAUAAAAUGUAUUCACUGGCACCCACGUCACUUAUCAGGCCAAGCCCCAUUUUAGAACACUCUCAUAGAUUAUAUUGGUAUUAUUAUGCAUAAAGCUAACAAAUAUAUACACACAGUAAUUAAUAAAACACAACCAGUAUGCUUGCUACUUUGUUGAUUCUCAUCUAUCAAGUCAAAGUUUUCAAAAGGGUUAAACGCUCAUCAGCAAUAAAUUGACUCCUUAAAUGGGGGGUCCCUGCAGAUAUAAUGUCCCAACCACCUCCACCCCCACCGAUGCGAUGAUCCCUCUUCCCAUCCCUCCAGGGACAGUGAGCCACCAUCUGCCAGUAAGGGAACACCACUGGCGGGGGGAGGUGGGGGCACAUGUCCAUCUGGAGGGACCAAAGUCAAUCCAACGCAAUCCAUAAAAAGGUUGGAAGCUGUAAUACAAGGGAUAAAAUGAAAACUACAUUCUGUUAAAAAUAAUACAGAAUGUUUUUAAAUUUACGAUUAAAUUACAAUUCUAUCAAGAAUAUUCCAAAUUCUGUGAAUAACUCAAAACAAAACAAAUUAAAAAUUGUAAUCAAUCUUUUUGUUAUUUUAUUGGAAUAAAGUUCUGUUUUUGUGAGAGAAAAAAAAGUCUGAAUGUGACAAGAAACAGAAACUGGGUCCACUAAAUAAAUUCCAAUAAAUGACGUGAUGUCAUUUAAUAAAAGUUGAUAUUUACUUUGAACCAAUUAAAAUUUCUGAUAUAUAACAGGUCAUCACAUAAAUCUGACAUCACUGCACAGAUAUUUUUUAGAACUUUUUUUUUCUUUUAGCAAACGGCAUGUUUUUUGUUCCUUUUGGGGAGGGCCUGCUAGUAUAAGCCCACUUAAGCCGCUUUUCUAAAAUGAAAUACCUGUAAUUUUCAAGUUCACCGAAGUUGGAUAUCACCAUAAUAUAAAGUUAAUAAAAUUGAUCUUUAAGUCAUCUUUAAAUUAAACCUAACUUUACAACAUGCUUUUGUUAUUGUAUUUCUUUUUCUCAUGUCUUUUUUUUUGUCUUUGACCAUAACAUUCUGAAUUCUUUCCCCGCUCUCCUACAUAAGAAAACACUCGAGACGCUCCAAUGGCCGUCCAAUGGAAGGAGUGGUUUGGGGUGGAAGGUGGGGUGGGUGACUUUGCCCCUGACGCCUGUAACCCCACGCUCCGCCACUGCGCGUCCGUAGGAGCCGGUUGAGUAUCUGCGUUAUCUCCGCAUGUUUGACAAGAGAGGAAGUGUUUGACUGAUCUCUUUCUCCCUCCCUCCCUCUCUUCCCUGUAUCUAUUUCCACAUACACACACAAAAGAAAUAAAAAGUGGCGUCCUGUGAUUCGCGCGCGUUACACGUUGUUUACUUUUUCGUGCUCGCUUCCGCGCAUUUGUCUUUUUUUUUUUUCUUCUAUUCCUCCUCCUCCAUAUGGGUGACCGUCGCGCUAUUGUGGAUAUAUAGAGGCAGAGACACGCCAUGGAGGAGGACAUGAUGGAAGCGUGGUUGGACGACCACCUCGACUUCACGCACUCCUACUUUGUCCGGAAAGCGUCCAGGGACAUGGUGAAUGCCUGGUUUGCCGAACACGUCCACGCCAUCACGCCGUCCGCCUCCAAAGACAACCCGUCCUCCACGGACCCUGCCGCCCUUAGCGUUUCGGACAAUUACUCUCCGGAGGCCAACGCCAACCAACCUCCCGGCGUUCCUGUUCGCAAAAUCUCCGCCUCCGAAUUCGACCGCCCUCUCCGGCCCAUCGUGGUGACGGACGAGGAGGGCUCGGUGACGUUUCUGAGCGACGCGGAGCACAAGAGCGUCCCCCGGCGGGGCUCCGGGAUGCCGGACGGGGACGCCGGCGGCGGAAGCGCCAAGGCGGGGAGCGGCGGCAGUAACCGGGGUGAUCGUUGCGCUCGACUACUGGAGCUGGUGAAGGACGUUUCGAGCCAUCUGGACGUGACAGCACUCUGCCACAAGAUCUUCCUUCACAUCAACGAGCUCAUUGCUGCCGACCGCUACUCACUAUUUCUGGUGGGCGAGGACAGCUCCAACACAAAGUUUCUGAUCAGCCGCCUCUUUGACGUGGCCGAGGGGUCCACGCUUGAGGAAUCAUCCAGCAGCAGCAUUCGACUGCAGUGGAACAAGGGCAUUGUGGGUCACGUGGCCGCCACGGGACAACCACUCAACAUCCCCAACGCGUAUGAGGACCCUCGAUUCAACGCGGAAGUCGAUAUGAUCACAGGUUACAAGACGCAGAGUAUUUUGUGCCUUCCUAUCAAGAACCAUCAAGACGAGGUUGUCGGAGUGGCUCAAGCUAUCAAUAAGAAAAAUGGCAAAGAUGGAGCCUUCACCCAACAGGAUGAAAAAGACUUCUCAGCCUAUUUGGCAUUUUCGGGCAUCGUUUUGCACAACGCGCAGCUGUACGAGACGUCACAGUUGGAAACGCGACGUAAUCAGGUGCUGCUGGAACUGGCCAGUCUUAUUUUUGAGGAGCAGCAGUGUCUAGAGGUUUUACUGAGGAAGUUUGCCGGAACCAUCCUAUCCUUCAUGCAGGCCCAAGCUUGCACAGUCUUCAUUGCCGACAACGACUCCACGGAGAACCCAUUUUCCAGUGUCUUUCAUAUGGAAUAUGAGGAGCAAGGUGAAGGCUUUAAUUCCUCCAAAAGAGAAUCUUCUUGCGUCAACCAGAUCAACUACAUGUACGCUCAGUAUGUUAAAAACACCAUGCAGCCCCUCAACAUCGCUGAUGUCAGCAAAGAUCAACGGUUCCCUUUAACGUGUGAAAAGCAAUAUCUCACCAGGAAAGAUAUAACGAGUUUGCUCUGCACUCCGAUCAAGAAUGGCAAGAAGGACAAAGUCAUCGGUUGCUGCCAGUUAGUGAACAAGAUGGCCGAGACGUCGGGCACCAUAAAGCAGUUCAACAGGAACGACGAACAGUUCUUGGAGGCCUUUGCCAUUUUUUGCGGCCUUGCCAUCCAGAACACGCAGAUGUACGAGACCGUGGCCAGAGCCAUGGCCAAGCAGCAGGUCACUCUAGAGGUCCUUUCAUAUCAUGCUUCCGCUUCUGCAGAAGAGUCCCAGAGGCUCCAGGCAUCCUUGAUUCCGUCGGCCCAGUCGCUGCGACUCCUGGACUUCGGUUUCAGCGACUUUGACUUGUCGGACACGGAAACCACGUUGGGUACCGUGCGCAUGUUUGUCGACCUGGAUCUGGCGCACAACUUCCACAUGAAGCACACGAAUUUAUGCCAGUGGAUUUUGAGCGUGAAGAAGAACUACAGGAAGAACGUGGCCUAUCACAACUGGAGACAUGCUUUCAACACUGCCCAGUGCAUGUUUGCCCUCCUUAAAUCAGGCCGCUUGCAGAAUCACCUUACGGAUUUAGAGGUUCUGGCUCUGAUGAUCGCUACGCUCUGCCAUGAUUUGGACCACAGAGGAGUCAACAACUCCUACAUACAAAGGAGUGAGCACCCACUGGCACAGCUUUACUGCCACUCCACCAUGGAGCACCACCAUUUGGACCAGUGCCUCAUGAUCCUCAACAGUCCAGGCAACCAGAUCCUGAGUGGCCUCUCCGUGGAGGAGUACAAAUGCACUCUAAAGAUGAUUGAGAGAGCUAUUUUAUCCACCGAUCUGGCCCUGUAUAUUAAGAGACGUGAGGAGUUCUUUGAGCUCACGCACAGCGGACAGUUUGUUUGGGAAAAUGAACACCAUAGAGACUUACUUAGGUCAAUGCUGAUGACUGCUUGUGAUAUAUCAGCAAUCACAAAGCCUUGGCCGGUGCAAAAGAGGAUCGCAGAGCUGGUGGCGACUGAGUUCUUUGAACAAGGGGACAAGGAGAGACUCGAAUUGAACAUUGAGCCCAGUGACUUGAUGAAUCGAGAGAAGCGAGAUAAGAUUCCGAGCAUGCAAGUCUCCUUCAUUGACGCCAUCUGCACGCAGUUGUACGAGACCUUGGCAGGCAUGUCUGACUACUGUUCACCUUUGCUGGAGGGUUGCCAGACGAACCGUCAGCGUUGGAAGUGCUUGGCCGAGGAGUGCGAGAAAGGCCUGGUCAACAGUCUGGUGUGAAUGUCAACAAGCCCCCCCCCCCCCCCCAUGUGGCUUCCUUACAUUCUUCCCAUCUCACUCACUUGACUUACUUUUUAAGACUUUAUUUUUUCCUAGGGCGAUGGGGGGAAAACUUCAUUUCACGACACAUAGCGUACAUUUAAUGCCUAGUUCCUUGUUUACUGCAUGUAUUUUCAAGAUUGAGAUUUGGCAAAGGUCCAUGGUUACCAUGGCAAUGGUCGGGUGUGUCAGUGGACCGUCUCAAACCACUUUCAAUUUGCGCACCAGUUUGUGUGCAGUGCUUCUCACAAACAUAAGUCAUUGGUCACUGUUGUCUUUUUAUUUAGUCAUUACAGUACAGAAUCUAUUUAUUAUUUUUGCACCGAGUGGCUUUAAACUCACAGAUUACAGAUAUGGACAAAAGUAAAUGUACAUUGGGAUGCAGAUUAUAUCUACACACUACAAGAGUGUCACGCUCACAAGUACAGUCAGCCUUGCGUAUUUAUUUGUUUAAUAUAUUUAUUAGCUAAAUGUAUAUUGUCUUUUUUAAAGCACUUUUCCAGAAGAAAUUUUGAAAUUGUUAUUUUUCAUACUAAUUAAAAAAAAAAACUUUUUUUUUUUUAUCCACUGCCUUGUCAAGUCACAAAUGCAUUUUUUGGAAAUGUACACAGUGAUUAAAUUCUGAUUUUUGUAAUCGGUUACGAUAUAAUUUUUUGGACCUACCUCUCCGUCGACGUUGCCCCAUUAAAUAGAUUCUGUGAAACUUUUUGCCUACCUCUUCAUGCUUAUUUUAAGAA